CUAUUUUCUGUGAUGCAAUGAAAUGUCACACUGAUUUCAUUUCAUUUGUACGCAUAAUUUUGACGAUAUCUUUGUCUUUUAUUAUAUGCCCAGAAAAUGGUUGACCCAAUAUUUGAUUACCAAUUUAGGCUCAUCCUAAUUGGCGAUAGUACGGUGGGGAAAAGCUCCCUUUUAAAAUACUUUACGGAUGGAAAAUUCGCUGAGCUCUCCGAUCCGACAGUAGGCGUGGAUUUCUUCGCUAGAAUAAUUGAGGUUCAGGAUGGUACAAGAAUUAAAUUACAACUUUGGGAUACAGCAGGACAGGAAAGAUUCAGAUCCAUUACGAAGUCUUACUACAGGAACUCGGUGGGUGCUUUGUUAGUGUACGACGUAUGUAACAGAUCAAGUUUCGAGCACAUACCAUUGUGGAUGAUGGAAGCUAAGAGGCACAUUGAACCACACAGACCUGUGUUCGCUUUGGUGGGUUGUAAAGUUGAUUUAGUUGGUACAGACAAUAAGAAUGGUGCUAGAAGAGAAGUUACAUGCGAGGAGGCCAGGAUGUUUGCUGAGGAAAAUGGUCUCCACCAUGUAGAGACAUCUGCAAAGACGGGUGUUAAUGUUGAAGAGGCUUUUGUAUUAGUAGCACAGGAAGUGUACAACCGCAUCCAGAGCGGAGAAUACAAAGUGGAAGAUGGUUGGGACGGCAUCAAAACAGGGUUUAACCGACCUAAUGGUAUGGAUUUCAACUUACUUGAGGCGGAAACUGUCCAAUCCACAUGCUGCUAGAAAAUAAUGCCUGGUUCACACUUGGCUAAUACAGUUGGACAGUCAUGCAGGAAGUUUGUAUGGACUAUUAGUGUUUAUUAUGCCAGCUGAAUGCCAGUCCAGUCAUUGAACGCUACUGACCGAGUGUCUGGGCCAAGUCUGAAUUGUGCAUUUUUAUUUUGUACAUACUGACUUGUGUAAUUAGAAUAGUUAUAUAUUACGUAAGUAUAAAUUAACUAAAUAAUGUAGAUUUUUUUGGCACAUUUGCAAUGGCAUUUGAGGAUGCAACAGUUUUUGUACAAGUUAUUUUAAAAUUCACUAAUAGGUUGCAGGGUUUAUUUUAUUUGAUGUAAUUUUAUUUUCUCGAUUUCAACACUGUUGGCAUAAUGGCACCUUAUAUACACAGAAUGGCAUAAUGAUGCAUUCAAUAAAAUUGCAAAAGUUUAAAAAAUUGUAUGAUCUAUUUAAAAAAUUGUAAUAUUUUUUUUAAUUUGCUAUAUUAUUAGAAAUUAGUUAUGAUUUUAUCAAUUGGAAUAAAGUUUUGGUAUCACAAAGUGUCAUCGAAAUCUAAAACUAGGGAUAAAACGAAAUUUGAGUACACUUUAAUGACAGUAUGUCUGAUAGAAAUGCCUUGAAAUUGUUAUAUGAAGCCUAAGAUUUGGUAUGUGACAAAAUCUCAGAUUUAAGUGCCAUCUGAUUAGAUUCGGGCCCCUUUUUUAUUUUUUUUUUUUCUCAUCUAAAAAGCACAAUUGACAUAAUGUCAUUUUUACAUCACAACCAAAGACAUGAUCACAUAUUUACAUAAUACGUAAAUUUUUUGCAAAUUGUUAGUUAUUAUUGUAUAUAAUUUUAUUUUUAACUAUCAUUAACAAGUUUCCCAUCGAAAAGACUAACUUAAAAACAAUGUUUUGACGUCUUUUGAUUUAUAUUUUAUAUCCAUCCAAAUGCAUAAUUUUAAACAUUUAUGGCUACAUUGAAUCUAAUUCAAAAAUGUCUUAAAUGAUGAGUCUCCAUUCAUAACACAUGUUUAAAAAUUCAUGGUAAGGUUUUGUUUUAUUGAUUUUAUUUAAAAACUGUAAAACACGAAUUUAGACUUGAAUUAAAAAUAUUUAAGAUUCAAAUUGUUAUUUUAAAAAAACCUUUGCCUUUGUUUACUUCAAUUCUACUGUGAAUUUAAUGGGUAUUCAGACCUUCAAAAAUAAAUUAGUGCUCAAAAUUCUGAACAAUCUGUUAUAAUAUGGAAUACGAUGGUUUGUUUUUAUAUACUUAUAUUAAGCGACAUUUUAUUUAUAAAUGUACUACGUCAUAACGCUGUUAUAAUGCUUGAACGCAGUAAAGUUUUUGUUAAUCAU